CAAACGAUUGGAGGAAACGGUUCGCCAAUUGAAAACUUUGGCCGAAGAUUUGGAGAAGAAAAAAGAACGAACGGAACACUUGCUCUAUGAAUUCGUACCGCCGGCGAUCGCGGAAUCCUUGCGCGUUGGCAAGCCUAUUCCUGCUCAAGAGUACAGCGAAUGCACGGUCAUGUUCACGGAUGUGCCUGAUUUUUCCACCAUCAACGGAAGCUGUAAACCUGCUCA